AUGUCUUCUUCGUUCACCGAUUGCUACGAUGGUAGCAAAAUAUUCUCAUUUCUCUCCAAUAGGAUUGGUCUUCCAAUUGACCUAGUUAAUUUUUUGAUCGCACAAAUAGCUGCACUUUGCCUGGCCAGACUUUUUCGGAAACCAUUAAGAGUUGCUUCUCCAGAAUUUCGUCAUAUGGUAUGCCUUGUUAUAGGUUUGCUUAUGGGAUAUUUCUGCUUUGGAAAACAAGCAAUUCACUUAUCAGUGCUUCCAAUGAUAACAUAUGUUCUUCUGAAAAUAUUUCCACAACAUAUAAUAGGAAAUAUUGUUUUAGCUGUGUCUAUAGUUUAUCUUUCAUGCAUACAUUUACAUCGACAAAUUUAUCAUACUGCGGAUUACACUCUUGAUAUAACAGGACCCUUGAUGGUAAUAACUCAAAGGGUGACGUCACUGGCGUAUUCACUGCAAGAUAAUUUAAUAAGGAAAGAAAUUAAUGCGAACUCUAAAGGAAAUCUGAAUGAUAAGAAUAGAAUUGACAAGGUACCGUCGCCGUUGGAAUACUUUGCGUAUACAUUGGCGUUUCAGACACUUAUGUGUGGACCUGUCGUGUUUUAUCCCGAUUACAUCAGCUUUAUUGAGUGUGUUCGAGAUGAUGGGAUGGCAAAGGAUAAAGUGGGAGAGAGCGAGCCUUCGCCAAGACGCGCAGUGAUAUACAAAGUAGCUGGAUCUGUGGCCGCUGCUCUGCUCUACUUGUCUCUGGCAAAGAAGUACCCAAUAAAAGCUUUAGAAGGUCUAGUAGACCCCACAUCGGAAGUUUCUCGUUCUUGGUCAGCCGUAUACCUACUCUGGUAUGCGUACCUAUCAACUUUAGUCGUAAGAUGCAAGUAUUACCACGCUUGGCUGCUCUCUGAGGCAAUUUGUAAUAACUCUGGCAUGGGUUUCAACGGAUAUGACAAUGAUGGAACGCCGAAAUGGGACAAAAUGUCUAAUAUCGAUGUUUUUGGAUUUGAGUUUGCACAAAACAUGCGCGUGGCAAUAGCCAGUUGGAACAAAAAUACGAACGCGUGGUUACGUACAGUUGCGUACGAAAGAGGCGGCGCCGCCUGGCGAACGGCCCGUGUAUACUCGCUGUCCGCGGUAUGGCACGGCUUUCAUCCGGGUUAUUAUAUGACAUUUUUCGCAGGGGGACUCUUUACUGAAGCUGCUAAAAAGGUCCGAGUUGUUGCCAGACCGCUGUUCCUAAACAGCGCUAUUAGCAAGUUAUUCUAUGACUCGCUGACGUUUCUCACGACACGUGUAGCGAUGACAUAUGCCACCGUUCCAUUUGUACUGUUGCAUCUGUCACCGAGUCUCGCAUUCUAUGGGCGUCUAUAUUAUUCGCUACACUUCUUGGCUCUGGGAGCUAUGUUGUUGCCAAAAUCGAGAUAUGCCAUCGCUUCUCAAACGGAACCGCGUAAGUCGAACAGUAAAAGUAUCGAAACCAAUGGUGAAGCUAACGGAAAAUUAAAAAUAUCCUAA